AUGACAACCAUAGCAGUAGUCAACGACGCAUCCUGGACCUUCCACAACUACGGCCCCCUAACAACAACAUUCACACCUGCCCCAUCCUGCUCCGCGUGCAAUGCAAAACGACCGCCUGGCCAGACUGCGCACCCCCUUCGACGGUCACUGACGGUCACACCCUCUCCAACGACAUCUCCAUCGGACGAUGAUGAAGACCCGUGGACUUCUUCCGUGGGAAACUAUUAUUCCCCGGGUUUGUAUUUUCCGUCGGGGUGGGAGACGGUUGGAGUGGCUGGACGAGAUGGCGAUAAGGCUUAUACGACGUCCGGAGCGAUGAAUUACGGGAGUAGUCACUGGAUACCGGACUUUGAUUAUAUGCCCACGUUGCUGGCGAAGAAUUUGAAGCCUAGCGAGACGGUGGCAUUGUGUUGUCCCAGUGGCUUCACAGCCAAUCCCCUCGGCGACUGUUUCACCACAGCGCCCUCAUACAUACCUACAUCGAUAUGCCAGGUGUUCGAUGACCCUAACCGUUCCACUGUCAAGUCGACGUCAGUGUACACAACGGACGGGACCAAGAUCAAGACGGUCGUUACUAGCACGACGACUAUCCACAGCAUGUCAACGCGGUCUAUGGGGAUUCUUGGUGGCGAAACGUUUAUCCAGUAUUAUACGCCUAUUAUCUCUGUUUCGGCUGUGACCUUGAUUCAUCAUGAGUCUGAUGUUGGUGCUACUGCUACGGGCUCGAGCAGUGGAGCCGCAACUGGGACAGGACAGACGACGGGGUCUACGGGUGCGGCUGCUUCGACGUCAAAUGCGGCUGUGAGAUUGGGGUCGAGGAUGUCGAGCUGGAAUGGAGUUGGUGCUGUUUUGAGCGUUUCGCUUGCUGCGGCGGAGUUGGGGGCGGCUAUCAUUUUGCCUUUCUGA